UCUAAUACCAGCGGGGAGUGGAGUGCGAAAAAACCAUGGCUCAGGUUCUGAACCUAAGCGCACCAAAUCGAACCAUCUCUAAAUCGUUCUCGACUCGUUCUGAAUCACCUCGUACCCAAUACACCUCGUUGACUCGCCAUGAGAUUGUGAACCAGACAUGGAGUUCUCUGCAGCAGAAACUCAAUUGUAACGGCAGAUUUUCUUGCCUUUUCUCUGACAACCGGAGAGAGGAACAAGCUAGGAAAGCAUUAGAAAGUGCACUUGGUGAAAAGAAAAAUGAAUUUGAGAAAUGGAACAAGGAAAUUAAGAGGAGAGAGGAGGUGGGUGGAGGUGGUGAUGCUGGUGGAGGUGGUUGGUUUGGAUGGGGUCGACGGUUUGGUUGGUCCAAUGGUGACCAUUUCUGGCAAGAAGCACAACAAGCAAUUCUCGCUGUAUUAGGAAUCAUAGUCAUGUAUCUCAUAGUUGCAAAAGGUGAAGUGAUGCUUGCUGUCAUCUUCAACCCAUUGCUGUAUGCCUUACGAGGAACAAGAAAUGCACUUGCUAUCAUAACAUCAAGAAUCUUAGGAAAGACAACUCCAGAUAGUCAUGUUGAUUUUCAUAUGUCGAAGAAGGAUGGCUACAGCGAUAUUUCUGCCAAAGAGAGAGUUUUGAAAAAAUGGGGAAGUGAGUGAUAGUUUUGUUUCAGGUUUGACAUCAGUUCAACCCUUCAUGCAUUGCUAGUGUCGCAAUUGUGUUGUACAUCAUGUUUUUGGCUUGUUGAAUACAAUUUCCUUGGCGAGGCCCUAUUUUAUCAAAGUUAAUUAAUGACCAUUUCAACGUUAUGGGGAAAGCCCAUUGUUAUGAUGGGUCUCAUUCA